AUGGCGGCUAGCUCCUUUGCCCGCAUGCUCAAGGGCCAGGUACGAUGCUACUCCGCACCAUUGGACAUGACCAUUCCGGCCUCCAAGCAGCGCUACAUUCCCACGAGCGGCACUUACCCCCAAGGCUUCCUGGUAUCCGGUACUCAUGUCGGUGUCAAGGCAUCAAACACUCGUUAUCCUGAUCUUGCCCUCAUUGCGUCCGAAACGCCUUGCUCCGCGGCCGCGGUCUUCACCACCAACAAGUUCCAGGCUGCGCCGGUACAGGUGAGCCGGCAGACAUUGCAGAGUCGCAAGGGAGAGGGUAUCCGAGCUGUGGUGAUCAACUCUGGCUGUGCCAAUGCUGUUACUGGCAAGGGCGGUCUCGAAGAUGCCCUACAGAUGGGCCGGACGGUGGACGAAUGCAGCGGCGUCGAGAAGGAUAGCUCGCUGGUGAUGAGCACCGGUGUCAUUGGACAGCGCCUUCCCAUCAGCAAGAUCCUUGACCGCAUUCCUACCGCAUACGCCGACCUUGACUCGACGCACGAUGCCUGGCUGAGGACUGCCCGCGCCAUCUGCACCACCGACACAUUCCCUAAGCUUAUCUCUCGCACGUUCACUCUGCCCUCCUCCCCGGACCGCACCUAUCGCUUGGCCGGUAUGACGAAGGGCGCAGGCAUGAUCCACCCGAACAUGGCCACACUGCUGGGUGUUGUGUGCACCGACGCAAACGUCGAGCCCGCCGCUCUGCAGUCGAUCCUCAAGCAUUCCGUGAAUCGCUCUUUCAACUCGAUCUCCAUUGACGGUGACACCAGCACCAACGACACUAUUGCAGUCCUGGCCAACGGAGCUGCCGGCGGCGAGACCGUUCGCGCGCCUUCUGGUGCCGAAGCCAGUGCGGACUACCAGGCGCUGCAAACCGUGUUCACCGACUUUACACAAGAGCUUUCGCAGCUUGUCGUCCGUGACGGCGAGGGUGCGACCAAGUUCGUCACCGUGCGUGUGCGCAACUCUCCCGACUACGAGUCUGCCCGUCUGAUUGCCUCGACCAUUGCCCGCUCUCCUCUCGUCAAGACCGCUCUGUAUGGAAAGGAUGCCAACUGGGGCCGUAUCCUCUGCGCCGUAGGCUACACCCAGGGUUUGCGCGAUGGCACCGUCGUUCCCGACCGUACGUCCGUUAGCUUCCGCCCUGUUGAUGGCAGUCCGAUCCUGAAGUUGCUGGUCAACGGUGAGCCCGAGACUGUUGAUGAGGAGCGUGCCAGCGCGAUCCUGCAGAGUGAGGAUCUGGAGAUCGAGGUUGACCUCGGUGGUGGUGAGAAGGGCGCCGCCGGUUGCGGUGGUGAGGACGCCGUGUACUGGUUCUGCGAUUUCAGCCACGAGUACGUGACCAUCAACGGUGACUACCGUACUUAA